ACAGCCUUACAUUAACCUAUUUAGUGAGGCAAGAAUGAAGAAACAAACGUCGACGUGCACUGGGCAUGGAAAAUCAUACCCGAAAACUACACCUCUUAAGAAAGGAAUGUGUGUCUACUUACAACCAGUUUCUUGCUGAAUUUCUUCAAUUUCCUCCUGCUGAAGGAGUGAGGAUGUCCUAGAACCCAUUACCAAUGAUUUCAAAUUAAACCUAACUUAGUUUGAGAGGUGUAUUGCGUUUAUUCGAUCGGCGAGCGCGAGUGAUGACACGGACAAUAGGGCCGACUCGAGUCGAAAAAAUUCGCUGUAGUCUAGUCUAGACGGCUCCCAGUCUUUACCAAAAUACGGCACGCCAGAGUAAGGGUUCAAUAUCGCCAUAUUACUAUUCCAUAUUAACUUUUUAAAGUCAUUUUCACUGGGGGUAUGAAAAAUUAAUCAUUAAAAAAUACCCAUUAAUUUCAGCGCUAAAAUUAGAUGUUUAUUUCGCCAUUUAUGCACAUUCAAUGUGAAAUGAGAUCAUAACAAAAUACCACCAAAAAACAACAUUCACAUAUUAUUGGCUCUCCGUAGUACCGGUAGAUGGGGAUGUCCCUUAUUCUCAGUGCAUGCAUAGCGCAUGUACAUGCUGUAUUGUACGUGAUUGGAAGACGAAAUGGAAAUGGCGUGUUGGCGUUGGACUGCCGUGGAAAAGGAUCUUCUCUUGAUCCAUUCUUGUAGAGAAGUUGAAUAACCGAAGGCGUUCUUGGGCUAAAUUCUAGGGACUUCUAGCAGUAAUGGAUCACUUAGGAAAUUAGCAUUUCUCCGCUGACUAUCUGAGGCUCCUGUGAACACAGAGUAAUCAACCAUGUUGGGGCUCUCUAGUGCAAGCAACUGGAUCGUCUUUGUGUGCUACAUGGUCUUCUGUGUGAACCAUAGCAUCUUGGUAACAUGGACACAGAACAAGAAGAAAGGUUACAGUUACAAUGCAACAGCAGCAAUAUUACAUAUAGAUGCUCUUAAGCUUCUGGUAUCUACUGUUUUGGCACUUUAUAGAUUUUCUUUUCAUGGAGUUGUUAAAGAUGUUUCAAAGAAUACCAGAGUACUUGCUUUGUACUUCAUUCCUGCUUUUCUGUAUGCUGUCUUCAAUAAUUUGACCUUCCUAAACUUGACAAAAUUUGACCCAACAUCAUACUCCAUUUUGAUGCAGAUCAAGAUUGUGAUAUCAGGAGUUGUUUACCAGGUUCUCUUUGACAGAAAGCUAAGUGGCAAGCAAUGGUUAUCUCUUGUCUUCCUUAUGUUUGGUUGUAUGAUGAACCAACUGAAUCCAGCCUACUUUGCUUCCUACAAACCUAAUGGCACCAGUCAGCUCACAGAGGAUUCACAGAGCAGCCUUUUGACCUUUAACCCCGCCAUCAUCUUCAUCCUACUGCAGCUGCUAUGUUCAACCAUUGCAGGUGUCUACACUGAACUCCUCAUCAAACACCAUAGCAAAGGUCUUGAUUUAUGGAUUCAGAACAUCUUCAUGUACUCCAACUCCAUCAUCUGCGGUCUCAUCUUGUAUGCAGCCUCGGGUCAACCGUAUCAAAAACUCUUUGUGCUGAUGGAAGGCAGUGCCUCCGCCAUGGACCGCUUCAAAGUGGGUGCUGUCAUUUGCAACAUGGCAGCCAUGGGCAUCGUCACUGCCAUCUUCCUCAAAACGCUCAAUUCAAUCGUUAAAAAUUUUGCCACUGCUCUGGAAGUCAUCAUGGCCAGUUUACUGUCAUGGAUAUUUUUUGGUAUUCCUGUAAAUCUGUUUACUGCCAUAGCCAUUCUAGUGAUCCUGAUAUCUAUUUAUGUGUACUCCAGAAAUCCACUCGCUCAGCAACCGGUACUAGUUAAACGUCGCAAAACAAAGGUUUCCGAGAGUGAUCCUGGAAAUGAACAUGUGUCUAAUAUGACAAAUACUGGCAAGCUUCAUUAACUUUGAAGGCAUUUGAUUUCAAGGUUGAUUAUUAUACACGUGUAUCCAAUCAAAUAAAGUCAAGAGGGGUAAGCAACUUUUUCCCUAAAAAUUGAAUUCAAGACUGUUAAAUUAAGAUAUAUUUCAUACAGGGUAUCAGUAGGUCUCAUUAUUGAUAUUGUAAGGAUUUGGAAUAAAAACUUACUUUCCUCAUUUAUCUCUAUUGAAGGAUGUGCAAUCUAGUUAGGGCUGCACAAUAUUUUGACAUUCAUUUAUCACCAGGGCCCCAUCUUACAAAGAGUUAAGAUUGAUCUGAUCAAUCUCAAGUAUAUGGAAAUCCAUCAAUGUCAUAAGUUUUUCUUCAGGAAAUUUGCACGAAAUCCUUUGAAAGCAAAGAGAAGCACACUUAAUUUUCAAGAAAACAGUGAAUGUAUGAAUGUACAUCAUAUAUCUAAAAAAAUAUCUUGAAGAAACAUGUAUUUUAGAUGUUGACGUUGCUGGCUUUCCAUAGUUGUGAUUGGUUGGAUUAAUCGUAAAUCUUUGUGCGAUGGGGCCUAGAUGUUAUAUCACAAUAAGGCUAUACAUCAUGUCCCAUCAAAAGUUGUCAGAUAAUGUUUGUAUGUUGUACAUGCAGGGGGAAAGAAGUGACAGGGGCUUGACACAGGAGUUUGAUUUUGUUUUAUGGCUUCUCUUUCACUCAUUUACAACAAUUUGAUGCAGUUUGAUUGUUGGAAGUAACCUAAUGUGUUACAAUUGAAAUACUGUAUUGUUAUUUAUUUGUUUCAGUGUCACUGUGUCUGAAUUAUGCAGCCCCCAUUCUGAUCUCGCUUAAGUUUGCUAUGAAGUAACUUCUCAGAGAGCAUUGUAUUUAACAAUCUGGGACUGAACCACAUCUUAAACUCUGCCCUAAGGGACAAAGUACUAGAGAAUAUUAUCUAUCCAAAGGCUAAUAUGAUACAGGAUCUAAACGUACUUCUUUCCAUUAUCUUAACCACUGUCUUUAGCAACACUAAGUAGGGUCAUGUUCAAUAUUUCAGUUUUAUCUAAUAAUAAUAAUAAUACUCAAUACGCAAAUUACAGUUAAGUCUCUUAGUGCUCUGAAAAGGUAGUAUAAGAAAAAAAAGGAAAGAACAUUCUACAUUGAACGUAAAUACAUCAUUAUACAUAACUUAAAAUACAUCAUUAUACAUAUUUGAGACUGAAUUUUGAAAAUUUGGAAUUACAUGAUAUCGCCAUCAAUAUUAGGAAAAUUUGAAUUUGAAUUUAUCUUUGGAAAAAGUAACACUUUAAAAUAGACUUAAAUAGAUCAAGAGAAGAAAAUUCUUGAAUAUUACCAGGAAGUAUAUUCCAUAGUUUUAAUAUGGAAUGAAUAUUGAAAUGCCCUUUGCCCAUAUGAAAUUGUAUUAACAUUUAAGGGAUUCAACAUCUUUGUUACUUGAAAGUAGCUGCCUAAUUGGGUGCUACUCAUUGAGAAGCUGUUGUAAGUAUAAAAGGGCCACAUUAUACUGACAUUUAAAAGCAAUUACAAGAAGUUUGAACAUCAAUCUAUCUUUCAUUGGUAACUAAUGUAAGCUGCGAAGUAUCUGGAAUAUGUACAGUAUAUAGAUUUUAUGUUUUGAAAUUGAUUCAAGUGUUUACUUACAGUACUAAAAACAUUUGAAUUAUAAAGCGAGUUAUGAUCCCAACAUGGUUGGAGUUUGUUGUUUUAAAUCCGUGAGCUGUCUAUCACACAAAAGUGCUGUGCUAUAUUAAGUACAGAUAUCUCUGUGAUGUCUAUUUAUCUCAUUUCUGUCUUGAUUGUAUACUUUGGACUGUCCUCAAAGUCACCCAUACUAUAUUGUAUCAUGCCUCUUUAUCUCAACGGAUGCAAAUAUAGGUGUUUUCGGACCUCUCGAUCACAAGAAGACUUAAAAAUUAUGAGGACUUGUUUUAUCAUAAUCUAUUAUUAUUUCCGUAUUCACACUUGUGUUUCAUUUUCUUAUUCAUUUGAUAUGAAAGUUUGUACAUGUAUGUAGAUUCAGAAUUUGUUGUUGUUUUUAUAUAGAAUUGAAUGUCAUUUCAUGAUUAAUGCAAUACGGUAUUUUGUCAUUUCAAUUAUUGCGUGCCAGAUUGCUUGCUUAAGUUACAAGGUCAAUCAACUUAUCCUGCUCACCAUUUAAGUAGAUAAUAAAUUAGGGGGAUCAGCCCACUAUGAUUUAACCCAAUGGAGACUGAAUGAUUUUGCUACAACACACGUUUUCCAUAGACUUCAGAACACAUAUAUGUGGGCUCAGUCCGUCUGCAAUGGGUUACUGUAUACUAUGGCUUGUAUUCUGAAAGCUUGUUUCAUUAAAACUAUGGUCUAAGUUUGUGCUAAGAUUAUGGGAAGCCAAAAUACAGUGUAUGUAAAACUUUUGUUUUUUUACAUUUAACUUGUGAGGAAAGAGUCACUAUAAAGUGAUAAUUGCCUGAUAUAUUAACUACAUCAAAAUUGGAAAAUUAACAAGAAACAAAUUUUAAGAAACAACAAUUUUCAUAGUGUUUUCUUCAAAUGUUGAUGUACCUUAGAGGAAAAAUUAUUAUUCAUUUCAGAAAUCAUUAAAAUUUAGCCAGAUCAGAAAUUUUAUAAGUGAUCAAGGCAUUUCUCAUUAAUGAAAUUCUUAAUCUGAAUACAUGUACGUAUUGUCACAGUUUUUAUUCACCAUUUAUUACACUGAGCUUUGGACCAAUAAAUUUGGGAUUUAAACAAAUGUUUUUUAUUUAAUCUGCCCCUACUUUGGCAUUUAUUCAUGUUAUUAUUAAUGUUGACUGUACAUAUCCCACAUGCUGGUAUCAAGCUACCAAGUAAUAUUUGGUAGACCCAUGUUGUCAAGUAAAGUGGUAUUUCUUUUUAUUACAAGACUGCAAAUUACGUCCUUGGAUUUCAUUCAAAACUUUGAAUGUGUGCUUUCCCUAUGGUAGCCCGAAAUAAUAGAAAAAAAUAAUAAUACUAUUCAUACUUUCAUUUUGUAUACCUCUGGGCCCUGCUGCAUAAAAUUUACUAUUAUAGUUACUUUGCCGUCCAGUAAUAGCAUCCAUGAAUUUGAUUGGCUAUUGAGCAUUGUUACCAUGGUAAUUACCAUUGGAGGGCAAGGUUACCUUAAUAUCUUUAUGCAAUGUAACCCUGGUUUGGUGCUUUAAUGGUCAAGAAGCAAGUGCUAAUUCCUCUUCUCUUACCUAGACAGAUAAAAUAAUACUGAUAACCCAAUUAUCUACCAUUUGAUGUCCUAUUUGGUAAUUAAGUUUACCAUAGAUUUAAUCAAGGUAUAUGUUAAACUUUGUGCAGAUUACAGCCACUUGGCCUUGACUCUAAUUCACUAAAGAACUUGAUAGGUGCUAUUUACAAAGGAUAUCAUUAAGUGGAAUUCAAUGAAUAAAAAUGAUGUUUCAUUCAUUAA